AAGGGAGAUGGGGUGCACGGGGAGGUGCAUCCCCUUAUCCGGGCUGGGUGGUGUCCCGCCUCUCUCGUGUGCAGCCGGCCCGCCCCGGCGGCUGCGCGCAGCGGUCCCGCUCGGGGGCGGCAGCUGCGGGGCCCGGCGAGAGGGAUGGAUGAAUUCUCGCAGCUCGGCCGGGCCCGCCCCUGCGCCGCAUGCACGGCCCUGCGUGCCGGGUCCCAGGCGCAGAGCCGCACUGCAGACCGGGCUGGACACAGCAGCAGUGAUGUCGCAGGGCUCGGGGAACUGGGCCCCACCAUCGACGGGCAGCCGUGGGCAGUGCGCACGCUGCAGGAGGGGGAGAGCCAUGCCUUCACCUGCCGGGUCCCCCAGCCAGUGCCCGGUGCCACACUGGCCUGGUACCUCAACGGCCAGAGGCAGGAAACCAACCUCUCGGCUGCAGGCACUGCCAGCACCCUCACCCUCACUGCCCGGCGCUCUGAUCACCAGCUCAACUGCUCCCUGACCGACCUGGCCUCCGGGGAGACCUACAAUGCCUCUGUCCUCCUCAACGUGCAGUAUAAGCCAGAGAUCCUGCGCGUAGGUGCCCACUACCAGGAGGUUGAGGGCUCUGGCCUCCUUCUGGUGCUCUUUGUGCUGGUGCAAGCCAACCCACCUGCCAGCAUCACCUGGGUGGACCAGGAUGGGCACGUGAUGGCCAACGCCUCCGAGUUCCUCCUCCUGGGUGCCACACGCUACCCGGGGCUAACCAACCACUCACUCCACAUCCGUCUCAGCAGCGUGGCUGAGAACUUCUCUGUCAGUGCUGCCAACAGCCUGGGCAUCACCACCACCUCACUCCUACCCACAGGUCUGCUGGAUGCCCGUGUGGAGCUGCCACUCCUGGGUGUUGCCACUGGAGCAGCACUGGCCCUGGCCACUCUGCUCAGCCUGGGCUCCUGUGCUGCUUGCCUGGCGUGCCGCUCACCCAAGCCAGUGCCAGGCCCAGGGCAAGCAGAAGGGAGCAGCCCGCCCAGCCGGUGCUCCCGUUGCAGUUGCUCUGAGCAUCCGCAGCCCCAGGGUGCACGCCUGCCCCGCCAGACCCGGUCCCUGCCGCCUGACCUGCACCUCAGCGACCUCGCACAGGAGGAUGAAGCUUCCCCCAGGGAUGUGGGAGCUGGUGCCAGGGGAGAAGAUAGUGCCCUGCCAGGGCUGGAGAACUCCCUUGUCCUCAACAAGCUUGGUGAGGGGGUGCAGGUGGGCGAGUGGCCCCCAAAAGCUGUGCUGUGGGAUAUUGAGCUCUGUGGUUGCCCCAAAAGGCAAUGAGCUGUUUGUCCUACAGGCUUUGUCCAGCUCCCAGUGUCUGGGCGCAUCUACAAAGUGCCCAGUGUAAGCAGCGACGAGAUCUGGCUGUGAGUCGCGGUGCCCAUGAGCCAGAUGCCCGGCCCCAGGUACGUACCAGCCCCUGGAGCAGGGCAGCGAAGGGUGCCAGGGAGGCCGUUCUGGGAGGUGGGCGCUGAGCAGCCCUGGCUCUGUGCUACACUGCGUGCUGCAGGGCUCAGGAGCUGCCCUGUCAGCCAAAGCAUGUUUUUAUGUAGCUCAUUAACUUUACCAAUUAACUGUUAAAAUGCAUCAAAGCUCUUUAUAGCCAGGCUCUAGCACUGUGAUUCCUCCCAGGGUAAAGCCACGCACCAGCUUUGCUUUAGCAGGUUUGUGACUCACUUGCUGCAUGAUCCUCUCCACCCCUGCCCCUGCUGCUGUGACAGAUGGGUGGGCAGGCAGUAGGACAGGGGCUGGGGAGAGUCAUUCCAACAGCAAUAAACUAAAACUCGAGCGUC